AUGCUGGUGGUAUUGACUUUGGCAUUCCUUGCUUUUAUUACUUUUAUUGCUUAUAGGAUAUUGUUUGAUCCCUUGGCUCAAACUUCCGGGCCAGCUUUUGUGUCUAUUUUUCCGCUUUGGCUACUACGUGCACUCCACAAGCGCAGAUGGCAUAAUAGUAUCUAUUCUUUACACAAGACUUAUGGUUGGGGAUCCUCGUAUUUUCAAGAGCGUCAGGCUAAUUUUAUAGGGAAUGUCGCUCGCAUCGGGCCUACGGAACUCUCCUUUUCAACCAUAUCUGCCCACAACGCGAUAUACAGCGGUAAAGCUGGCACCGCUCUCUCAACAGAAGGCUCCUUCAUGGCAAAGGUCUUCAAUAUUACCUUCGGCAUCGAUAUUAUGUCUACGAACCCGGACACUGUGCAUCAUCAAAAAGUGAGGAAAAACAUCAACUCGGGCCUGCUGAAACUACGCCACAAUGAAGAUGCAAUCUAUAAACUAUGCCUCGACCAAAUCGAUCCUCAGCUAGAGAGGAUGCGUGCAAACAGGGAGGAUCUGGAUCUACCGAAAUACUUGAGUGGCUCUUUAUGGAAGAUAUUGGGGCACAUUAUAUUCGGUGAACCAAUUGGUGAAGAAGAGAAAAGACAAGUUGAUGUCCUAACACCAUGGUUUUCCACUGUUGCACCUUAUCUAGAAGUCAUUACCAUAUUCUCAGCAAUACCGGGUGUUCAAUUGAUCAUCACGCGGCUAAUGCGGUUAUUCGCAUCUUUUACUCAAUUUUUUGACAUCUCCCAAUUCAAUCCUUAUGCAGGGAUCCAACGUCAUAUCAACAAUCGGGAUAGGACUAUCACCUCUGUGGCAAACUAUAUGACUAGCGGUGUCUCUGAGAACAAAAGCUGCCGAGAGAUCACUGAGAUGGAGCUGAAUAUCAACUUAUGCGUAUUCCUGCUUGCUGCUUACGAGACAACAUCUAUGGCACUGUCUUCGAUAUUUUACUUCCUUCUUAAAGACCCUAUUCAGCUGUCUAAGCUCCGAAAAGAGUUGCAUGCUUCGUUUGAGGACGUCCAAGCCAUAAAUGAUAAAGAGCUUAUGCAGCUUCCAUUCUUGAGUGGUUGCAUUAAUGAGGCUUUGCGACUGCUGCCUCCAGUCAGCGGCAGGUUCCUUGCCCGAACAUCUCCGGGAUUAUAUGUUGACGGUAUAUACGUUCCUAAAGGCAUACAAAUGUCAGUGGACAUUUACACGAUGCAUCGGUCGGCAUUGUAUUGGACGGAGCCAGACAGAUUCUGGCCCGAAAGAUGGUCCAAAGCCCUGACAAAUGACAACUUCGACGCAUUCCGUCCAUUUUCAACUGGGCUUUCCGCAUGCCCAGGAAGCAAUCUGGCCCUCAGGAUGACACGUCUCAUUGUUGCAAAACUCACAUAUAGAUACUCCUUUGCAAUGGUAAACAAAGAAUUUGUGUGGGAAAAAGACGCACUGUCUUCCAUUAUGUGGGCGAAAUAUAGAUUAAUUGCUAGUAUCAAGAAGGAUGAAGAAGCAGCGAAGACAUAG